GUCCAGAUCCGAUAGAUCAGCUGGCUGGCUUCGCUUGAAGAGGUGAAGAUUAUUGGACCUUAAUAGCUUCUUUGCACUGCGCCUUUUUUUCAGUUACUCUAAAGAAUGGCAACAAGCAGACGCUUCUACGUCGGUGAGUUGACGCAAUUUUGCUUUAUCUGAGUAUUUUUGCUUUAAAUACCUUGAAACGACUUCGUCGAAUCGAGCUUUUUCGCUGAUGAAGACCCAAAAUUCGUCACCUCUUUUUAGCUGAAAUUUCUACCCAAAAUUGCUGUUUGAAUUGUUUUCCCAUACUUUCCUGUUGUUUUGCACUUUAUUCUGUAUCUGCUUUUGCUGCGUUUUCCUCCGCUUUGCUUUCAUAAUGCUUUCAUUUUGCCAUCGCCACAUUUCGAAAUCGAGGGGUGAGAAACAUUUUGUUGACGCGCGCACUCAUUCACUGAAAAAUAGGCUUUCUUUACUCCUGAAAAGUCGUCGCGUUUUUAAAUGGGUGGUGUGGAAGGUUGGAUUUAAGUAAAAGUGAGGGUAGAUAAACAGAAAUAUAAAGACGAAUCAGCAAGCUUCGUAGACCGUAUUCGCGACUUGGUCAUGUCGCCCACGUGUUGGCGCGGGGCCAUUCAUCCGAAUGUCUGGACAUAAUUUUUGAACAUUCUGCAAUUCUUGUGGGGAAUGGAAUACGUUUUCGAGGCGGCAAGGGUAUUUUGCAGAACGCCGUUUAGUGAUUAGGGUUAGAAAACGAAGUUCAGUUCUUCCUGAAGUAUGGCCCUAACUGGAACACUGCAGCUCACUCUUCAGUUUCUAACCCUAAUGGUAUCAUUGAACAGGCGCGGUUUUGGAUACAAGGCAUUUUGGUGUUACUAUACAAGUAGAAAGUAUCUUGUUUUCCUAGAUUUUUGGUAUUUAGACACGAGUUUUUUUGUAUACUUUUAUAAAGUGUAUAUGAUCGAAACAUUCUCAGAACUUCACCAUGAGCUGGCAAAGGAGGGAAUGGAAAAAACUUGUGACCGGCUGCAGUGCACCAAAAUGUCUACACUAUAUCUGGGUGUUGUUAUCUCUCAAUACCUGACAAAUAAUUUUUAGGUAUACAGUGUUUUGUUUCAAGGCAAUUUCAGGUAUUCGGUAUAAAAGAUUUUACAAUUUUUAGGUAUAUUGGUAUCUUAUCUUGGUAUCUUGGGUUUAUUUUUUUCCUUCUACCCCCUUUGACCAAGCCUGUUUGUAGGUACAAAAACACCCUUAUUCAUUCUAGGCAGAUAUGUGCCACUGAACCGGGUAUGGUUUCCAGGGUCUUGAGUCAAUCUUAAACAAAGUACAUGUACAGCUAUUUCGAGAAAGGUUGUCCGAAAAAUGUGCACACGACAAUCCCGAAAGGUAAUAGGGGAUAUGAUUAAUACACUGUUUCUGACGACUGUACCUGUCGAACCUACUUUUGUUGCUUUCCUUUAGUACUCGCAAACACAUUUCCACAGCCUUUCGUACCAAUUCUUUCAAAUUUCUUCAAAGAAUAGUGAACUUAAAACCACCCACAAUGCCUUUCAGGAUUGUCGCGUGUACUUUUUCCGACAACCUUUCUCGAAAUAGCUGUAUAUCAGGGCUCAAAGUUAGCGACUAACUGGUCGCAUAUGCGACUGGAUUUUUGGUUGUGCGCCUAAAAAUUCAUGUGUAAUCGCACCUGUGCGCCAUAAACCCCAAAGCACAGUGCGACUGACUUACUUCUGACUAUAUUUACGAACUUGAACUAGAAAGAUGGUGUACGUUUAAUUGGUCUUUCUGCCAAUGGAUUCUACGAACUGGAAUGUUCUUUUUCGUUUCGAUGUUUUACUCCAUCCCAGACUCUUCUGUUUUGUAAUAAACACGGCUGACACAUGCAAAUGUAUGCUACAAACGAAAUACGUACUUUUUGCGCAAUGGACGAUCAUGUCGAACGUUCAGUUUUAACGACAAUCAAAACAAAAACAGUGCGGAUUAAGAGCCUUUUUUUCCAGGUAAGAAAGUUUUUUAAGUCGUAUUCCAGUUACAUGUAAGUCAUUGCGCAUUUAACAAAUUCAUUAAACAUUAAUUUUCAUUCUCGUUCGACACACUCAUCGUUGUCAGUUUUGAAUUGUUUUUCAAGUGUAAGUUUUCUUUAGUCACAACUGUACUGUCGAAAAGAGAAGUUAGUAUUGAAAAUCACAACGGUAUUACUGCAUAGCAAAUCGGCUGUGUUUUAUCAGUCACCCGACUGAAGUAAAAAUAACAAACUGAAGAUGACAAAUAAACUUGGCACUGUUAAGCUUUUUACUUUGUCUUUUGAAAUAGAUGCUCCCAACAUUAUAAGCUGUGCUCCUAAAAUUUUCAGCUGUGCGCCUAAAAUUUCGGCAGUGCACCUAAAUAUUUACAUCUGGUAGCACAAACUCAAAUUUAAACUUUGAGCCCUGUAUAUAGUACCAUUUCACUAUUUCAGGGUGUGGUUUUGGACCAGAAGCCUUUCAAAGAGUGUGAAGGCUGCAGAUGAGCCGUCUUCAUUUACAAGUGGCGUGAACAAUUUUUUCCAAAAAAUUUACUUCUGUGAUAUUAGUUUAAAAAAUACCCUAGUACAUUUGUAUUCUGUAUGUAAAAUGAAAAUAAUGAAUCAGGAUCAUGAAAUAAGUAAGGUCUCUUGUCUUAAACAGGGUAGCAAAAUGAGCAAUGUUUGUCCUAAACAGGGUCAGAAGGUUUUGAAGUCUUUGGCGGGACACCUCUACUCAAACUUCCCUUGAGUACCUUCCCCUCCCUAGCACUGCACCUACCAAUGCUUAUCUUGUGUAUUUUAUUUUUUCGGUGAGGGCUUGGGGUUAGGCAGCAAACAAGUUGUUUAAUGGACAGUGCAAAUAAGGGGCAAAUUCUAAGCCCUUUCUUAAAAACACCAGUAAAUUUGUUUUGGUGGCAUUCAGGAAAUUGUUUGAAGUAGCUGUAUUCUCAUUUGAUGUGUUAUUUAUUUGUACGAUCUAUACAGGAAAUCUUCCCCCGAAGACUUCCAAAGAAGACUUGGCCCAUCACUUUGGUCUUGAUGCUACACCAUAUCUCCGCUCAUCAUCGUGGAUUGAAUUAGCUGUUGAACCACAAGGCUUUGCAUUUAUCAACGUUCCUGAACAUCUUUCCAGUAAGUUUCAUCUAUUCUUUUGAAGCACAUACAUUAAUACAGGGCUUCUGAUAUUUCACGGAAAAAAAAGCAAAAUUUUGCGGGAUUUUCAGGGGCAAAUUCGCAGAAAAAUCGGCCGAUUUCGCGGGAUUUUCACGGGAAAAAAGUCAAAAUUCGCGGAACAAUCGGGCGAUUUUCGCGGGAGAAAAGUUAAAAUUCGCGGAACAAUCAGCCCAUUUCGCGGGAUUUUAGCGGAAAGAAGUCAAUUUUCGAAGGAUUUUCAGGGGCAAAUGCUUAGGAAAUCGGCCAAUUUCAGGGGAAAUUUCGGGGGGAAACUUCGCCAAGAAACAAUCAGUAAAAAACAGCCGAUUUCACUGGUUUUUUUUUUUGGCAAAUUUCGCUAAAAUCGAUCAAUUUUGCGUUGAUAUGACCAACGUUGGUAAACGUUUUUUUUAACGGGGAUAAUCAUUUGCUCUUUCAAUAACUGUUCGCUCCAGAAAUGAGCGAAUGUUAAAGCUAUUAACAUUAUGGUUAGUGCCCAGUUUUUCGCAACGUUCAUCUAAAAACGCCUGGUAGUUUUGGGACGUUGUUUACUCGUUGCAGUGACGAAGUUUCAAGCUAAAUUUGGAGGUUUGGGGUGAAUAAAACCGGUCUAAUAGCCAAGAUAAGUAUUAAGUAUGUUUUGCCGACAUGUAGUUGGAAAUAUUUCUGGCGGAUUUCGUGGUAUUUCGCGUUUUUUGGGGAAUUUUGCGGGAUUUCGUGAAAAUACCUGAAUUUCGCGAGUCCACGACCGCGCAAAAUAUCAGAAGCCCUGUUAAUAUUAAACAUGAUAAUUAUUACCACUCACCAGUUAAAUGUGAGAAGACAACCACUUAUAGUGUAGUGUAGCUGGUAAUUUUGUGCAUGCAUCCUUCUAGGAGUUCUGGUCCGGUACAGGUAGCUCUUCAAAGACUGUCAUUCAUUUGAUUAUUGUUCCAUAUGUAUACACCUUAUAAUUUUGGUUGUGAUAAUUGGCCCUUGUUGUCCUCCUUCUAGGUAGAAAUUUUUUUAAAUGCUGCAAGUGCAAUCAAGGUAUUUAGGGAUAACAAACAUAAAUAUAACUACUGGACAGGUUCAAAACAUCAGUGACUAUAACUAUUUAAAAUAGUCUUUAUUCAGGACUACAUGUAUACUCAUCUAGACAAUAAUAUUCUUCCUACUUAUGAAAAGUAAUAUAGUCUUUUGUUUCCAUUUUGAAAUUAUGUGUACAUGUAUAUUCAUUUAUUGUUUCUUUUCCAGAUCACUUACUUCAACUAAAUGGAACUAAGCUUCAUGACAAAUUCAUCAAAGUUCAACCAGCAAGGAACUCUAGAGCUAGCUACAGUGGAAGAGUGUCCAUUCCGUCUAUGAUACCACCUUCCUAUCUUAUACCUCAGCUUGCUAGUUACAGCUACAACACAAGCAAUUAUUGUUUCCCAAAGAAUUCAAAAAACAGGCGCCGCCCUCAGGGUCCUAACGAUGUUGUGAAAAUUCCCGAGGACAGGGUUUUGCAGCUUAUUGAUGUGGGUGUAAAUUUGCCAAACAAAGUGUAAGUUGUGUUAUACAAUUUUUUUCAAUUGAGUUGUAUCAAGGAUGUCAUUUGAUGGUAUUAAUUAAACUCUGGUUAUCGAACUCAAUAAAAACUGACAGUAAUAGAAUGACUGGACAACCAACAAUUUGACUAACAACAAAACUACUUUUUCAUGUUUUGUGUCCAGAGAGAGAUCAAAGCGCAGCAAUCAGACUUGGAGUCUUCAAAGCCAAUAACAUCGUGAUUUAAUUGAUUAUUCAGGUCAAUAACGAGAAUUAAAUACCACCAACUGAUGUGAAACAAUUAGCUUACUUUGACUCAGGACAACUACUGCGGAGGUUGUCAAAACGUCAAUCACUGUCAAAAUAUUUCACCCACUUAUUGAUAAAAACAAUUUGCGCUCUGCAGUUUUUGGUCUUGUGGUUCAUGGUUACAAUGCCCAGCGCUGAUGAUUUUUCCUGAAAUAAUGAUUUGUGAUUUUCAUGUCAGACAGACAUAUAAUGUGGAACCCUGCCUUACAGCCACCUCAGUAAUACAGUCACCUCAUUAUUACGGCCACUUUUUUUUGGCAGCCUGGCAAAAUGGCCUUACGUUUUCUUGUGAAAAAAAAAAAACCUUGUUAAUACGGUCACCUGUUAAUACAGCAAAAUUUUUUUUUGCUUAUUGGUGACCCUAUUAACAUGGUUCCAUUGUAAUUAUUUUUUUUAUCUUGUAUAGGGACAGAAGAUAAUGCCCAAACACAGGGUCCAGAGGAGAUGUGUUUGUCGUUAGAACAUCAAAACCAGUCGAAAACCUCUAAAAAAAUGGGUUAUUUUGAUCGCGUUACGGUUUCGUUACACAUUCUAUAGACCGCAAACCAAGAGACUGAGGGCUCGCAAGAUCGGCUUACAGUAUAAAAUACGGAAAGGGAGGAAACAAAUUUGGGGCCAAUUUUCGAAUCCCUGAAACUCAAAUGGAAUUGAAUGAAAUCACCUGAUUUUACUAACCUGAUUUAGAAUUCUUAUGUAUUUGCCAAAUACUGUAGGAAAAUGGCAUAAAAAAGUGUUCAAAUUCAUUUUCUGUGACCGAAAUUUACGCCUUCGAGAUAGCGCUUUCGUUCGCUGUGCACCACAACAGAUGGUGAUGGUUAUGAUGUAGUAAAGUAAAUGUGCUCAAGAUCGGAGCAAUAAAAGGGAAGCCUACACGACUUUUGCCUCAUGCCAAAAUGCUGCUCCUUCCAGUAAAGUUUUUUUCCUCUGCUGGGUAGAUUAUGCUGUGGAAGGUUCUACAGCAAAUGUGAUUUUAGCGGGGAUUUUAGCCGCAUGUUUCACACUUAGAGGUCAUGACACGUCAUAUCGAUUUACUGUGGUUUUUGUUUCUGGUCGGCAGGAUUUGCCCUCUGAUGCGAGCGCAUUUUCUUUGACCUCUUUUGAAGUGUAAAGCUUUUUAUUACGGCUGAACAAGGGUUCCAAUUUUCUCCAAAGUGCCGUCUGGAUCUGAAUAACUAAGCUAUUUCCUUUAGUCAGUGAAUGUAAUGUUUUUCUUCAAUGCUGUAUCAUGCUAGUCCCAGCUUGUUAGUUUUGUUUGAAGAAUGUUAAAUUAUUACGGAUAGUGAUUUACAGGUCGUGUGUACUCUUGCAAUAAAAAGUGACACUGAGUAGAGCGGACGCACAAGGCAACUGUAAUAUCAUCAUGACUGUGUCAUUCUUCGGUGGUCCAACUAUAUUACAUCUUGCAUCUUUGGCUGUGCGUUUUGCGACUACUGGGAAGCCUUCGCCCAAGCAAAACCUGCUUAAGACAUCAAAGACUGUUGAAACGUACAACAAAUGUCCAGUCUUGAAAGAUCUUUAAAAAGAGAUCUUUAAAACUCUCUCCGCUGCUGAUGUUUUGAUUCUCGAAUUAGCAGCGUUCUGUUGCUUUUGCGUUUCCGGUCUCAUUCACUUCCGUCACCAAGUGAUGCGGUUCACAGCAAAUGAAGUCACGUGGUACAAGUUUCCUCCCUUGUCCUUUCUUUUACUCGGCACUUCGUGCCUCGGUCGCCUUUCGGGCGACUUGCAGUGCGCCAGCGAGGAUAUGGCUUGCGGUUAUUGAUUUUCAAAAGUCAAUCUGGGUCAGAUAAGAAGUGAGGAAGUCAUUUACAGUAGAUUUAUAAAGAUCCCAUUGGGCUAAUUAAUGGUGCUAAGCGACAGGUAUAGACAUUUUUCAAGGUAAGUAAUUCAUUUAUUCACACGAAACUCCUCUGGACCCUGUGGCCCAAAGGAUUAUGUGGGUCUUGGAAAAAUUUGAUCUGAUAUUUUGAACUAUUAAAAAGACGCAUUUGUUAUGAGUCUCCCUUGAGUGAUAUUUGCUUGUUAUGUUUCCAUUUGGCAGUUUUCAAGUCUUCGCUUAUACUAUGUAAUAAUUUACUAGCAUUUUUAACGCUUUUUAAGCAUUUAUACUAAGAUCUUAUUUUGCUUCUUCUUCUUGUAACAUUUCUUAGCUUUGCAAGAGACAUUCGAAAUGUGAUAGAGCAAGCAGGAGUUGUUGGAAUCAAGCAAAUGAUUCUUACAGGGAAUACCCUACAGAUGAGCCAGUCAGCUGUCCUUCAAGCCAAGGCAUAUCCUAGGGUGCUGUUUGCUUCAGUAGGGGUACAUCCGCAUUUUACAGAGAAAGAAUGGAACAGUAAAACCGCAAAAGAGAUUGAAGAAUUAGCUAAGGAUCCUGUAGUAGUGGCCAUUGGUGAAGUUGGGUUGGAUUUUCACAAGAAUUAUUCAUCAGAAAAGGCCCAGAUUGAAGCAUUCACAAAACAGGUCUUGUCUUAAAUCAAUCAGUUAAUCAUUAUUGCAUGUAAUCAAUCAAUCCAGCAAUUAGUCACCCAGCCAAUAAAUUAAUUGUUAUAUAGCUGGAAAUUUCUUCCCAACAACAUGCACUCUCAUUGGUUGCUUCAAGGACAUACGACAUCUAACAAUGAAACUGUUUCCUGCCAAAAUCUCUGAGCAAGCACCAUUGCAUACAAUCUAUGACGUCAGAGGGUAACAAUACACUGUAACCCACGAAUAUUGACUGACUACGGCCUUUGCAGUGAGGUUUUAUGUAUAUUUUCCAGUGUCAAAAUUUCCUCUUAAAGAUUGGUCCCUCAGGAAACAGUUAAUUUUGUUUGCCGAGAAUCUCAACCAAGCUGAAGCCAAGGGAAACACUGAGAUUUGAGGGAAACAAAAUUAAUUGUUUCCUGACAGAACAGUCAUUAAGUGUUUAUUAUACAAGCAAGCAAGGAAGCAAUCAGUUAGUCAAUCAGUCAAUCAAGCAGUCAAUCAAUUUGUUCAUUUAUAAUCACAUUUUUUUAGUUUGUUUGUUUUGUUUGUUUUCAACUAAUUCUUUUAAGAAUGUUUGGGGAUCAGUCUGGAGAAUUUUUGUGUAGAUGAUGCCCAGAGGUCACCCUUGCUAGUGUCCACAUGAUAGAGAUGUCUGCUAGAUACAGGCUCAUUUUCAAGGUCAAGCCAACCUUUGCCUGGCUAGACAAAUUGGAUAAGCGCCGGUCUGCCGAGCAGGAGGUUGUGAGUUUAAACCCUGGCUAGACCAACGCUCAGGGUCUUAAAAUACCUGAGGAGAAUGUACUGCCUUUGUUUUGACAUCUACAAGAUUAAUGGUUAGACAUUCCAGUCUUCUCAUAUAAGGAUGAAAAACUGUAGGCCCUGUCCGGCAGCUCUUUCACUGUUCUGAUUCUUGUGGGACUUGAAAGAACCCACACUGCUGAUCGUAAAGAGUAGGGGGCAUAGACCCCGGUAGUGUGGUACAGCCUUUCGUAGGCUGGGUGGGUAAUGAAGGGGAUGAUAUCAGGAUGCAAGUACUGUUUCAUCCCCUGUCACCGUGUUGAAUCACUGUGGCGAAUUCAAUAAAGAAUGCAGCGUAUUGACUCCCGUGUUCUCGUAACCUACAGUCUGCAUAACACAGCCCUCAUGUCUCUAAUUUACAUUGUAACAUUGAAUGGCCUGCAUUUUUUUCUUGUCAGGUUGCCAUUGCUUGUGAAGUUCAGAAACCACUUUUGGCUCAUGAGCGAGGUUCCCACCAGAAGUUCAUUGAAGUUUUGAGCCAGUUUAGUGGCAGAUUACCUUCUAUUGUGAUCCACUGCUUUACUGGCAGUGUUUCUGAAAUGAGCGCUUAUGUUUCAAUGGGAUUCUAUAUUGGAAUCUGUGGUUUUAUUUGCAAAGGUGAGUGUUCAGUAUUCUUAGAAUUGUAGUUCAGAUCAGAAGUUAAAUGAAAUGUUGAGACCUUUCACUUCAUUACAGCAGUGCUCGUUAUGUUUGACUAUAAAAAAAGUACCAAAUUUAGGCCCUGGUCACUCUCUGGAUUGUAAGGGUUUUGCUUGCAUCUCUUUCUCAUAUCUGCACUUUCUAAUCAAAUUUGUUUUGCUGUCUUCAGAGGUCCCAGGCAAAGCUUUGCGCGAUGCUCUCAAAGAAGGAGUGCUUCCUCUCGACAGAAUUCUGCUUGAAAGCAAUGCUCCCUACAUGACGCCAAACGCCUCUGAUAAAGAGCUGGAUGAUGUUUGUAAAUCUCUUCUUAAAAGAUGCAAGCGAGGACGAAACGAGCCCUGCACUUUACCCAUCGUGGCGCACAUCGUGGCAAAAUGUCUUGGAGUUGAUGCAGAGGAGGUAGCCAGGGCCUCAGCUGAAAACACGAGGAGAGUUUUUGACUUAAUGGCGUCACAAUCAGCGAGCCAAGAUAACAAGGAUCUGAAUAAGUAAUGCGUAG